AUGAACAACUCAUCAUGUCUUCAGCCAUCGCCAGCUACCACCGUAGCUCUCCCCAUCCUCUACUCCUGCCUGUUUCCCGCUGGAAUCUUGGGGAACAUUCUGAGUGCCUGGAUAUUUUUACGUAAAGUGCCCACCAGAAGGACUCAGCACAUUUACCUGGCCAACCUGGUGGCUGCAAAUCUGCUGGUUUGCAGCACCAUGCCCUUCCUGGCCGCCUACUUUGCCGAGGGGCACCGCUGGCCCUACGAGUCGGUGGCGUGCAGGAUCGCCCAUCACCUGGGGACGCUGGUGAUGCAAGUCAGCAUGUACGUGACCAUCACCAUCCUGUGCUCCACUGCCCUCAGCCAGUAUGCCACCCUGAAGAAGAACUGUGGCCCACAACACUCCUCAGCUCUGCCAGGAACCCUCCACGGGCGCCUCCUGCACGAGUUCCGGCGGCCAAAGUUCGCUAAAUGUUUGUGUGCUGUUAUCUGGCUGAUUGUGCUGUGCAUUACAGUCACAGCCAUCACCUACAACAUCCAGGAGAGGGUUUCAGGAGAGUUCCCCACAUGCUACAACAUCAAGGUAGAAGCUGGUGAACGUGCUGCAAUGAUUGCAGCUUAUCUUGCCACUGUGUGUUUCUUUCUGGCUUUUAUGACCGUUUUGUGGUCGUACUAUUCUCUUACCAGACAUCUGAGCAGAAUACAAAAAAACACCUGCAUUGGAGAAAAACAUCUCAUUUACAGAACAGUGAAAAGAAACAUUCUUGUCAUCCAGGUGAUAUUAACUGCCUGUUUUCUUCCAUAUCAUAUUUUCAGGCCAAUUUUCUAUGGAUUUCUUACAGAUAAUGACUGUCCAAGAUUAAAUUAUCUAGUAGAAAUUAAAAAUGUCCUUACUUGUCUUGCUGCUACUAAAAGCACUUUAGAUCCACUUAUAACCCUUCUGUUAGAUAAAACAUUUAAGAAAAGUUUUUAUGCCCUAUUUACAAAACCCACACCAGAAGAUCAAGAACGUAAUGAUGAUAUUUUCACUGAAAUGGGAAGGAAUAUGGAAAGAUUUUAA